CAUCGCGGUUCCCUUUCCAAAAUGGCUGCCGUACUGUAAACGCCGAGUGUUCGUCAGGUGUGUAUCUUCUAAAACUCGUCCUUUCUUAGGAGUUAGACAUCGCUAUCGACGUCAAGCCACUUCCUCGGAAGCUAUACAAUACUGGUGUGUGUCUGCUGUAAAUUAUAGGCGUGAGGCUUCCAAUCCGGCUCAACAAGUCUAGUCUCUGACGUAAACACGCGGUAUAACAAAAAUGCCCGAGGACAUGUCAGCUCCGGUUGGACCGGUGCGUGGUGACGUGGAAGUCAGCUCGCGUACAUGUACACCGGCAAAGUCCGACGCUCUCUUCCCGGGUUUUCUUCGCGAUGAUUUCAGUGGAGAAGCACUCUGAGGGACCGCAGACAUUCGUAGUUUACAGGAGAAGCUGGAAGGAGGCGAUCUCAGCGUUCCUACGCAAAGGUUUCGAACCGACAGGAGCCAUGGCGCCAAUGGGGGUAAGGCUGUCCCCACUAGGGUAUGCACUGAUAUUCAUACUGAUCGGCAGCGUAGUUUUGUACCUGCAAGUUUGGAUGAGGGGCUCGAGCGACAAGAAGAACCCCAAGCUGACACUAGGCCAAGACGGGGACGUGCACAGCAUGAGUGUGGACAUUAGCCUGAAGGAGCUUCUUGCCGUGAGUAUUGACUUGGCGGAGAAGGGAGGGGACAAGGUGAGGGAGAUCCGGGAGGCCAACAAGCUGGCCGAGCAGAGUAAAGGAGAGACCAGGGAGGGCGCCAACGACCCCAUGACGGACGGGGACCUUCAGUCGCACAUCGCGAUCGUGCACGGCUUCGAGAAGGUGUUCCCGCGCCUCAAGGUGGUCUCGGAGGAGCACGAGAAGAAGGGAGACGAGGUACACACGGUCGAGGCGCCGAAAACGACGCACCCGGAGGUGGACGAGGUGAUCAAGGAGGACCGGAGGGUUCCCUACGAGGACAUCACGGUCUGGGUGGACCCUCUGGAUGCCACCCAGGAGUACACGGAGGAUCUGAGGCAGUACGUGACUACCAUGGUGUGCGUGGCCAUCAAGGGAAAACCCACCAUAGGGGUGAUCCACAAACCGUUCGAGCACAGGACAGCUUGGGCCUGGGUGGGGCACGGGCACUCCAAGGGGCUGAACGUGCUGGAGAGGAAGGCUGGGGAGGAGGGGCAGGCGCAGAGGAUCAUCGUGUCGCGGUCCCACGCCGGCUCUGUGGAGCAGGUAGCCAAGCAGAUGCUCGGGGACAAGACGGAGGUGAUACCGGCCGGCGGGGCGGGCUACAAGGUCCUCUCGCUCUUCGAGGGCAUCGCCGACGCGUACAUCCACGUCACCCUGAUCAAGAAGUGGGACAUCUGUGCCGGGAACGCGCUCCUCCUGGCCAUGAACGGACACAUGACGACGCUCGGCGGGGAGGAGAUCAACUACUCGGCCGAGGGGAACCCUAAGAACGAGGGGGGACUGCUAGCUACCCUCGUCGACCACCAGAAGUUUCUGGAGAAGUUUGCCCCGGAAGCCAAGAAGCUGGCAGAGAAACACUAAGAAAUUGAAUGACCCUGUGUCCUUAAAAUGCUGCUGCUUUAAAUUUGUCAAUGACAAAAUGAUAAACUAGAAUUACACCACUAUAGCAUCAACAGUCAUUGUUACAACCUAGGGAAUCCUAUAUAGAAAUAUGACUGGAAUCCUCAUUUCUGUCAGAUAGUGUAGUUGAUUGUGCCAGUUUUCAGUAACUUUCUGAUUCAAAUAUAUGUAGAAAGUUACUUUCAUUAUUUUUCUGUCCAACAGAACUUAAUUAAGGAAGGUGUCAGCUAUGUAUAGGACGUGUGUAGUUUAUCUCUUGAGUGUAUGAACUCAGAUAUGUAGGUGCUACAUGUAUAUUUUUGUUAAUAGGAGAUGACAUUGAAAUUAACCUGCAUAAUGAUGAACAUUUUGUUUACUACUGAGGUGUAAUAAUAGUGUGGUGUAAAGAUAUGAAAUGCUGCUUAGGUCUGGUUCAGACAGGAUUGUUUUUCACCUUAGACUAGACUUUGAGCCCAAGAUUUUUGUAUCACUAGUCAUGACUGCUGUGAGGGGUCACUUUGAGUAGACCUUGUGUUAUCUUAGACCAAAGUCUGGAAAAGAGUGACAGAAAUUCAGCAACAAAAUUAUAUGUUAGCUGCAAGUCUUAACUUUUUCAAAGCCUUUGUCACACAUUCAGGGGCCUCCCACAACUUUGCAUGCUGGCAACUCCCAGUGUUAGGAAUACCCAUCUGUAGUCU